CUUUCGUGUUCGCUAGAGCUGCUGUAUGAAUAAUUUGAGUCGCAAUACCGUAGCUAUCCGUGUUACGUUAUUUGAUUGUUAAAGGAUUUUUGUUAGUUUUAUUUAUUUGACACAACAGUGGAAAAAGGUCGGUAGGAUCAGCUCAUCGUUGAUGGCGCUACUCAUAAUUGAUAUCUUGAAUGAAUUAGGCCGCAUCCAAGACAUUGAAGACUAGUGUUCGUGCAUAUUUGAAUGAGUCACCCAUUCGACAACUGAAUGACAACAAUGGAUCCAACGCAGAUCACAGCGCUGGCAAAUUUAUUGAAGGAAAGUGGCGAUAAAGUGUUGAACUCUCAGUUCAAACUAUCACUAUCAGCCUCACUUCUAAGGGCACUGAAUGAUUCGUUUAGCUUGAUUGUGGAUAAAAAUGAGAUACUACCGCCGCAGAGCUUUCAAGUAGUAAAACCGAAUAAUGCAAAAUCUGAUGUAUUCCGGGAUCUUCAGUUUGUGUAUGAUUUCGUGCAGAAAACGGUAAUUCUCAGCUUGAACCAGUUUCUCAACGACGACCUUUACGAGUCUGCUGUGGACAUAAGCAAAUUUCGGAGCUUACGUACGCUUGAGGUGCAGAAGAUACCAAUCAAUCAAGUAGUUGGUAUAAAUCAUCUUAAGAAUCAACUGCGUGAUCUGUCCUGUAUUCGCAGUAUCUCAUAUGUGUCGGAUGUGCUGGUUGGUUGUGGCGGUGACAAAAUGAUGGAAAAAAAACAGUGGCGAGCGCUUAAAAACAUAAAUUUUGCAUACAAUAUGCUUGAUUAUGUGGAUAGCUCGCUGGAGCUGACACCUUUGCUGGAAGUGUUAAAUUUGAGCCAUAACCAAUUAGUGAGCGUGUCUGCUGUGCGCUAUUUGCCAAACUUACGGGAGAUAAAUUUAAGCUACAAUCGAUUGAACAGUAUUCCGGUGUUUCACGUGGAUGCAAGAAGCAAAUUGAAGGUUUUACAAUUGUCUAACAACUUCGUAGAGGAUUUAGAUGGUUUGUCCUGCCUUUCAUAUUCUUUGAACGAUUUGGAUCUAUCAGGAAACUUUAUCGUCGAUCAUGCCGCACUGCUUCCUUUGAGCACCCUUAGUGCUUUGCGGUCUGUUAAUUUUCAGAACAAUCCGCUGGCGUGUCAUCCGAAACAUCGACAGGCAACAGCUCGUUAUCUGAAUAAGAACAUGGCUAAUGUAGAGUUCUUUCUGGACAACGAGCGUUUGUCUCGCUAUGAAAAAUCUCUUACCGGAAAUUACGAUAGCUAUAAAGCAAUUCUGGUAUCGAGCGUUGUUUCCAAUUUAAACGGUAGCUCGAAUGGCCGUAAUACACCGGAGUCUAAUACGACGGAAACCACAACAGAGCGAGACAAUCUUCUCGACAUGCCCGGAGGCUGUUUAAGGGUAACUGUAGAAGAGAAAGAAAUUAUGAACCACUCCUUAACUAGCCAAAAGAAGUUACGGGUUAGGCGAGCAGUGAUAUCUGAAUGUGAAAGUGAUCGUGACAAUACAUCGAUUGAUAAUUCUCUGGUCGGAAGCAGAAAACUGAACAGUUCGGGAAUAAAUUUAGAAUCCAAUCGUGAACAUUUGGAGACUAAGGAAGUUCUUGAACGAUUACGAGACGAAUACGGCAGUGCAUGGUUACAGAGUCAAGCUGGGCACAUGGUUAGAAAUGUUAUCGGUUUCGAUCCGGAUAAGGAAAGAGAGUAUGAGAAUGUUGCGCAGUAUAAGUACGAGAAAACUCAUGUGACAGAGGAAAGCAGCAGUGGAAUCAAUCAUUGCUGCCAUGUCACAGAAAACAGCGCAGCGAAAGAGCGAUUGGAAUCUGUACCUGCAAACCCGGUUACACAUGAGCAGAGCUCUAUGAACACUGUUAUAUUAGAAGAUCUUAGUGCAUGGAAAAUGCAAGCGAGCCCCGAGUUUCCGACUGCUAAGAUAAAACUAUCGGAAAAUAAAGCAACGCCUUCAGAUUGUAGAGGUCUUACCAUUGAAGCUGAUGAUACGAGAUACGUGUCUUCCGACCAAGGAACGACUGAAAUGAAUGUUAAGGGAUUGCUGAACUUGACGGAUAUCUACGGCAGCUUGCACGAUCAUGAUGAAGAUUCCGAAGUUGAAGAUAAUGAAGUUCUGUAUCAUGUAUUUGCUCGAGACAACGAUUCCGAAUUGUCUCUCCUUGUUUCUGAAAAGAGCAUCAAAGAAAAGGACGCAGUAGGAAGAACCAAAACUCGUUGGGGAAUUAAAACGCUUGAGGCUUGCGAAAGGUCAACGUCUACUUGUAUCACAUUAACGUUUGACACGAUGAAGCGAGAUAAAAAGGAACGAAUGUACGAAAUGGAUACGCACGAUUGUCUGCUACUUGAAAGUCGACUUCGAAGCAUUCUGUCCAAAAGACCUCUAUCCGAGAUGAAUCAACGUCUGUACAAGUGUGUUGUAUGUAAUACCAAAUUUUCACGCGAAGUCAAUAGCAAACGUGCGCAAGAUGAUAUCCAAUGCCCGGAAUGUCGAGGUGGUUAUUGCAUCGAAAUUAAGGAACAGCUAAUGGAGAAAGAAACUGUAACAUCAUCGACAAACCCCUUCAUUAGUAGUCCUUCGACGUGCAAUUUGAACAGAAAAUUAACAUGUUCUUUGCCUAAAGUGUCAGAUGUGCACGUUUCCGAACCGGAAGCUAUGAACAUCUCGAAGCAAAGUUUGGAAUCUAGCGGUUCGUUGAAUGAUUCUUCCUCCUGUUCGCGGGUAUCUCAACCGGGCAGCUCCUGCGACUCGAACCGAAGCGUUGCAGGAAGUACGAAUUCUGAACGUGACCGUGACGUUGACUUGCUCGGCAACGAGAGCGACAUUGAAGUAUUGAGCAAUCCCAGUCAGAGUAGUAUAGAGGUGCUUGAUAGAGGAUAUCAUCCCAGUCGAAAAGCAUCUGAAGAACGCCGCAUCUCAAGCCACGAAAUCAUCUCCGAUAAUAACUCUGUUGGUACAUCUGUGGGUGCAAUCUCGUUUUGUGAGGAAGAACAGCAGCAUACUGUCGGCGACUCAAUGAAUCCCAGUUUAGACGAUCAUUUGAAUGGUGCGCUAACGAUAAUGCCCAAUGUUACUUCGGCACAAGGAGAGGAAAAGGACUAUUCGAUGAUCAAAAAAAGCACCGCUGGCAAAAAAUUACAUGCAGCUCACACCAGUAAGAAAGGAUUCUUAGCGAACGUUAAUCUAACUGAGAGCUCUAGCUCUGGUUCGGUCACGGACAGUGUAUGCACCGCAUAUGAAUCGAAUCAGGGGCAAUCGGUGGACGUUUUGAAUGCCAAAACAAAUGUAACGGUAAUUGGGCUAACAACGUGUGAACAGGAACCGUCGGAAGCUUGUACAUCGAUGCAACAGCCAUCAUUUUCAGCCAGUGCAUCUGCGAAUGCAUCAGACACCACUAAGUCAGACAAUUCCGUGUUUGCAAGUGUUUUGGGGGGCCUAUUCCAGUCCACCAAUAUGCUUAUGGCUAAAACGCCGAAGGGAAAAUCGGAAGAAGAGUCACUGAAAAAGUUCUAUGAACCAAUUCGAUACAAUUAUACCGAUUAUGCCAACGUUGACCACCGCUUGAAGUUGUACUUAUAUCAACACUUAUUUGACGAUGCUAACGAGUCUCUAAAAUGGUUAGUUUCGUGCAUCGUGUUUGAUGAUAAUCAUGUAGACGAAUGGCCCACUGGAUUUGAUGGGUUGUUCGUUCUGUCAACAACCAAAUUCUACGUCAUGAAAAAAGUGGCUGCUGAAAAUGAUGAUCCGACAAGCUGGUUGAAGAAACAUAUCGCAGGAACAAUUGAUCGCAUUGGAAUAGCGCAGCCCCUGCCAUGGAAGUUUGGAAUUAAGUUUAUAAUUAGCGCGAUCGGGGCAGUGCAUAUUGUUCUUCAAGAUAUUUUUCGCACUGAUAAAUUGAUAUUGUUUUUUAAUGAAAAUCCUCUUCCAACUUACUGCACACUCGACUACCAACCGUCAGAUGUGUUGAUUAACAAAUUGAAAAAGGCAGCGAACGGGGACGUCGUAAAAAUGGUUAUGAUAAUAAACUUCUGCGACGUUGUAUCCAACGACGAACUGAAGAGCGUACAUUUGUCAACGCUACUUGUUACCGAGAAACAUCUCAUGUUGAUACCCGACAUCAGAUGGAUAAAUGAGAGCUCAGCAUAUCCGGUUCAACCUAAGUUCACGCAGCUGGUAGUCGAUAUUGUUGAAUUUGAAGAUAUAAAUGACCUUUCUUGCCGACUGAGCUAUGUUGACGAACAAGAAGACAAAGAGGAAACCUGGAGUCUUGGCUUUGCUACUCCCACGGCUAAGGAGAGCACAGUCAAUACUAUAUGCCAUUUAUGGGAGACAUUCUUUGGUGUUCCAAUGAAUAGAAAACGUUUGUAACAGUAGGCUCAUUUGUAAGCAGCAAAUACGUUAGUAAAAAUAAAG